CCUCGCCGGCCGUCGCACGGCUGCUGCUUGGCCGGCUCCCCCCACGGGCCUGUGGGUGCGCGCCAAGGGGAGCGGAAAGCUGGGAUUUUUUUUUUGUACCUUUCAUUUUUUUUCGUUUUGUUUUCUUGAUUUGAUCUGAGCUGAGCCGAGCCGAGCGAGGGGGGAGGGAGGUGGGAGGGCGGCGAUGGAGAGCUACCUGGAGGAGAACUUCGGCGGGGUGAAGGCGAAGAAUUCGUCGGAGGAGGCGCUCCGGCGGUGGCGCAAGCUCUGCGGCGUCGUCAAGAACCCCAAGCGCCGCUUCCGCUUCACCGCCAACCUCGACAAGCGCGGCGAGGCGCAGGCCAUCAAGCACGCCAACCACGAGAAGUUGCGGGUUGCUGUACUGGUAUCAAAAGCUGCGCUACAGUUUAUACAUGGUCUUUCACUUCGAAGUGAGUAUGUUGUUCCUGAAGAAGUCAAGGCUGCAGGGUUUCAGAUUUGUGCUGAUGAACUUGGGUCUAUUGUUGAGGGUCAUGAUAGUAAAAAGUUGAUCACCCAUGGCGGAGUUACUGGAAUAGCAGACAAGCUAGCAACAUCACCAACAGAUGGGUUAAGUACAGCUGAGGAAAACAUUAAGCGCAGGCAAGAUGUAUAUGGAGUAAACAAAUUCACAGAGAGCGAGGUCCGUAGUUUUUGGGUGUUUGUAUGGGAAGCACUUCAAGAUACGACUCUUAUAAUUCUUGCUGUUUGUGCCUUUGUAUCGUUGGUUGUUGGCAUUGCCAUGGAAGGAUGGCCAAAAGGUGCCCAUGAUGGUCUGGGAAUUGUGGCAAGUAUCCUCUUAGUCGUGUUCGUUACCGCAACAAGUGACUAUCGGCAAUCCUUACAGUUCAAGGACUUGGACAAGGAGAAAAAGAAAAUACAAGUUCAAGUCACAAGGAAUGGUUUUAGACAAAGGCUAUCUAUAUAUGAUCUUCUUCCUGGAGAUAUUGUCCAUCUAGCAAUUGGAGAUCAGGUUCCUGCUGAUGGGCUAUUCAUUUGUGGGUUUUCUCUACUGAUCAACGAGUCCAGUCUUACUGGUGAGAGUGAACCUGUUGUUGUAAAUGAAGAUAACCCUUUUCUUUUGUCGGGGACCAAAGUUCAAGAUGGUUCCUGCAAGAUGUUGGUUACAACAGUUGGCAUGCGAACCCAGUGGGGAAAACUAAUGGCUACUCUCAGUGAGGGUGGGGAUGAUGAAACCCCUCUUCAGGUCAAGCUUAAUGGUGUUGCAACUAUUAUAGGCAAGAUUGGUCUAUUUUUCGCAGUCAUAACUUUCAUUGUCCUUUCUCAAGGGUUAAUCAGCAAGAAGUACCAUGAGCGGCAGCUUUUCAACUGGUCAGGAGACGAUGCACUGGUAAUGUUAGAACAUUUUGCUAUUGCAGUUACCAUUGUUGUUGUUGCUGUUCCUGAGGGCUUACCCUUGGCAGUUACCUUGAGCCUUGCAUUUGCAAUGAAGAAAAUGAUGAAUGACAAGGCAUUGGUUCGGCACUUAGCCGCAUGCGAGACAAUGGGCUCUGCAACAACCAUCUGCAGUGACAAGACAGGAACACUGACAACCAAUCAUAUGACUGUUGUCAAGGCCUGCAUUUGUGGAAACAUACAGGAAGUUAACAAUCCAAAGAAUGGGUCUAGCUUGUGUUCUGAGCUUCCAGAAACUGUUGUCAAAACUCUUCUGGAGUCUGUUUUUAACAAUACUGGUGGUGAGGUUGUAAUUGACCAAGAUGGGAAAUAUCAGAUUCUGGGUACCCCGACAGAGACAGCUUUAUUGGAAUUUGCAUUGUCCCUGGGUGGAAAUUUCAAGGCAAAGCGUGAUGAAACUAAGAUUGUGAAAAUGGAGCCUUUUAAUUCAACAAAAAAGAGGAUGAGUGUCAUUCUUGAGCUUCCUGGAGGAGGAUGCCGUGCACAUUGUAAAGGUGCUUCAGAAAUAGUGUUGGCUGCCUGUGAUAAGUUUAUAGAUGACACAGGUUCUGUUGUCCCUCUUGAUAAAACAACUGCCGACAAGCUUAAUGGUAUUAUUGAAAGUUUUGCUAAUGAAGCUCUUAGGACAUUGUGCCUUGCUUAUAGGGAAAUGGAAGAAGGCUUUUCUGUUGAAGAACAAAUACCAGUGCAAGGGUAUACAUGCAUUGGGAUAGUAGGUAUUAAAGAUCCUGUUCGCCCAGGUGUUAGGGAGUCUGUUGCAACUUGCCGAUCUGCUGGAAUUAUGGUGAGAAUGGUCACGGGUGACAACAUAAAUACGGCAAAAGCAAUUGCUCGUGAAUGUGGCAUACUUACUGAAGAUGGCCUGGCAAUUGAGGGACCUGAGUUCAGAGAGAAAAGUCUUGAAGAACUGCUCAAGUUGAUUCCAAAAAUUCAGGUAAUGGCCCGAUCAUCACCACUUGACAAGCAUACACUUGUGAAGCAUUUGCGCACAACAUUCAAUGAAGUUGUUGCUGUUACUGGUGAUGGUACAAAUGACGCACCUGCACUUCAUGAAGCAGAUAUUGGACUUGCAAUGGGCAUUGCUGGAACUGAGGUGGCGAAAGAGAGUGCUGAUGUCAUCAUUCUUGACGACAACUUUUCCACAAUUGUAACUGUUGCCAAAUGGGGACGGUCUGUUUAUGUCAACAUUCAGAAGUUUGUGCAGUUUCAGCUGACUGUUAAUGUUGUGGCUUUACUUGUCAACUUCUCCUCAGCUUGCUUUACAGGAAAUGCACCACUGACAGCUGUUCAACUUCUUUGGGUGAACAUGAUCAUGGACACCCUUGGUGCCCUUGCGUUAGCUACUGAGCCGCCUAAUGACGACUUAAUGAAGAGAGAGCCGGUGGGAAGAACAGGGAAAUUUAUCACAAAUGUUAUGUGGAGGAACAUCCUGGGGCAGUCGUUCUACCAAUUCAUUGUUAUGUGGUAUCUCCAGACGCAAGGGAAAAACAUGUUCGGCCUUGAAGGCCCUGAUGCUGAAGUUGUGCUAAAUACAAUUAUUUUCAACUCGUUUGUCUUCUGCCAGGUGUUCAAUGAGAUAAGCUCCAGGGAGAUGGAGAAGAUCAACGUGCUGAGGGGCAUACUGAAGAACUACGUCUUCAUGGGCGUCCUCACCAGCACGGUCGUCUUCCAGUUCAUCAUGGUGCAAUUCCUCGGCGAAUUCGCGAACACGAUUCCCCUCACCAGACUGCAGUGGGUCGCCAGCGUUCUCCUCGGCCUCGUCGGGAUGCCCAUCUCUGCCAUCGUCAAGCUUCUCCCCGUCGGCUCGUCGUGAUGGAAGAUGGAAGAAGACGAUAUCUGCAGUGACAGUAUCCAUUACUGACCAAAAAUUCCAUAUUGUUUGGACGAGCUGAACUCUCGAUGCAGUCUUUUGGAAAAUGCAUGCGUGGGAGUAGUAGGCAAUAGCUGCAGCACUUUGACAGGUUCUUUUUUUUAUUGGUAGCCUAUGAAUGUGUCAUAUUUUGCAUUAUAGUAUCAAGAAGCAUUUUGUUUGGCACUGGGGCUUAGGCUCAGCUGUGUAGCAGAAUUGUAAGGUUGAUGUUGUUUGGAUUGGAAUUCAGACUGGAAAUUAUGUGGAUUAAUGAACAGCAGCAUAAAAAUUUCGCCCUGUAUUCCAUUUCCUGCACUCGAUGUUAUGUUCGUUGAACGGUGGUCAGUGAUUCACGUUGCAGUUUCAA